AUGGGAUGGUCGGAGGAGAUCAAUCUACGGGCUUGGGUGGUGAACUGGAUCAUCAGGAUAUCUAUCACUCUCCAGCUGGCACAGCUUAUCAUCACCACCACAGCGGCCUAUGUCCAUUGGUUCUACAUGAGGAAACCACUCCAGAGAUAUCCUCCCAAGAUGAUGAGCGCAACCUCCCUCUUCCUGGCCACCAAAGUCGAGGAAGUACCUAGGAAGCUGGAGUUUGUGAGUUUCCUUCCCAAAAUGGCCGAUUGGGCCAAAGCCAAGUUGAUCGCUCAGGCCGCCUGGGGGUUCAUCAAUGACUCCUUGAUGUCCCCGCUGUGUCUUGUCGCCAAACCUGAGCUCAUUUCUGCCUUGGCCCUCCUCCUCGCCAUCUCCCAUUGUCUCUCCGAAUCUCCGCCCUCAUAUCCGGACCAAGAGGGGAAUCAUCAAGAGCCACAUAACAUCAAAAAAAUCCGGUCAACUUCAAUCGCUUCCUCAACCUUCCCCUUGCAACGGACCCAAAGAGGGGUUGAUCCAAGAACCCUGGUGGAAGGCUUUCCAAAUUAA